AUGUCUCCAGCAACGCUCAAAUCCGCUCUUAUUGCAUCAAUCCUCGGCCUGGCAGUCGUCCAUGCAGCAGAGCCCUGGAAAAUACUGGAUGUCGACUUCCCCGAUCCGGCUGUGAUCCAGACAGACGAUGGAUACUACGCCUUUGGCACGAACAGCGGAGGCAUCAAUGCGCAGGUGGCACAUUCCACCGACUUCCAGUCGUGGACUCUUCUCGACGGAGUCGACGCCUUGCCUGGUCCGUUUCCAGGCUGGGUAGCUGAGGGUGGAAGCCCCAGACGACGGCACCUUCGUCAUGUACUACUCCGCGACCGCCCGUAA